CAGAUUCAUAGGCUUUUAGCGAAGCACUUUGGAUCAUUUCUUGAAAGUAAGACAUUUAAUAACCUGGAUGAUAAAAUAGCAGGAAAUGUUGGGAAGAGUUAUAUUCAGAUAAGGAUGAGGACUAAAGGAGCUAAAUCCCCAUGCCAACAGAAAAGUACACAUGACCACAGGUAUUGAAAAUUGUAGAAAAAUGUGUGUGUGUAGGUGUGUUAAUUUAGUGAUCAACUUGUAGGUACAGUGUACAUUGCAGAUCACAAUUAGAGUGUUACUUCUACCCAGACUCGCACCCAACCAGAUGGUGACAAGCCUGCGAGCAAGCUCUCCGGGGUGCUCUGGCGGCGCGGUGGGAAAAGGAAGGAGAGCUUCCAACCAACCAUGACCAACUACAUAGACCUCUGAAAUUUCAAUUCAUUCCACCUCCAAUUCAACUGUGGUUCCCUGUCGACUGAGCUAUGAGAUUUCCACCAAUCAGUGCGAAGCAGAAAUGAGCAUGAAUGUAAGCAAACAUUGAAAAACACAUGCCAAGGAUAAUGUGAUCAGCAUUCACAAUGACUUUUAAGUGAGGAUAUUCAAAUUCCAGAGACAUUCUUGCAAGCCUACCUUCUUUUUCCUGCCCUGCUGCCAUAGGGCCCCAAAGAGCUUGCUCACAGUCUAGAUGGUGACUUUGAUUCAAUUUGUAUAAUGAAGAGAGUUUUGCAACAUUAGGGAAAAGUAGUGCGAAAGUGACCUUAGGGUACAUGAUAGAUUUUGUUCCAACAUGCAGCUCACUAAGGAUUAAGCUUUGCUUUCUCUUGUGUUAUUAAAAGUGCAGUGUAUAUUAAUGCACCUGAUUCAGAUUCUUCAGGAUCACUCCUGUUCUUCUUUUUAUUGUGGUUUGUCCAGACAGAUUGAUCCUGAAUACACUGGAUUUGUGCUGUGUAAAAGAAAUAUGGUGAGUUGAUUAUUCCAGAUUGUGAUCAUUGGUUGGUAUUGAUUCUAUUGGUGGGGUUGCAUUAUUCAUAUUCUUGCUUACAUUGUACAACCAAGUGCAGGGGCAGGUCCAGAAAAUUCAGAAGGGGUUGGGGAAGGGGAGGUGGAGUUUGGGGCACAUGCCAGUUAUAUAGAUACUAUUUAUUUUAUUGAGUAUUCUUUAAAUAUGUUGCAAAAUUUCACAGAAAAAGGGAUGGCCAUGGUUCCUUCAGCCAAUCCCUACCUCCACCUCUAAAGUGCAGCCUUGGUGUCGAUGUGGGUAGGGUUACAUGUAUUUUCUUAGCUCAGGUAGUUAGCCCCUUGUUGAAAUUUUAAACCAGUUUUAAACCAACUACAUGUAUAUACUUUUAAAAAGGUAACUAUAUGACCAUGCAGUUCAUCUAGCAUUAUGUUUGCACCAAAGUACAAAAUAAUUAUCCAUGUGUACAAUACAGUGAUUAUAACUAUAAUUUGAAUUUUAUUAUUAUUUCCACCAAUGUCCUUUCUACAUUUCACUCUGUUUUCUUGUUAACCGUCCAGGAGACCCUGGAAGCUAUUCAGCGUUUGUCAGCAUGUUUAAACAUUCAACCAUCAGCCUUCAGUUAUGCUGGUAUUAAGGACAAGAAAGCAAUUACUACACAGUACAUGGUGGUCAGAGGUGUCACCCCUGAACAGUAAGUACUAAAAGUUAUUCCUUCCCUGAGAGACUCCACCUGAACCUCUUUUUACAGAGUUCAAUCUAGAAAUUAGUCAAAGUGGGUCAGAUAUCCCACACAGCAUUUUAAAUUGGGUCAUUUCAAAAAUGGUCUGUGUGGAAUGCGUGACACAAAAACUACUCAUAAUUAGGACAUAGUCUGAAAUGACAGCCCUGUCAUGUGCUCAUUUCAGGCUAGAAUACAAAGUAAAACAAAGCAAAAAUGGUAAAUUUCCUUCCCACUGUAAGUUAGGCCAAUCCAUUUUGAAACGCAAAUUCCCUUGUCAUUUCCACUUAUACUGAGUCAUGAGGUAAGACAGGGAUAUGACGUCACCAUAGGAGUGAGGUUGGCCUUUAAUGCUCCCUUAAAUAUUUUUACAGGAUGCGUGCUAUUGAAGGGCACCCCUCCCUGGAAGGGAUAGAAUUUGGUAGUUACAGGAGAGGUGUGAGGAUGCCUCUCAGGAUGGGUGCACUAAGUGGGAAUCACUUUCAAGUUGUCAUCAGAAAUAUGGAAUGGAAAGCGAGGUAGGAAAGCUUACAUUACUCUAUAAUGUGUAGUUCCAGAAAAUAUCCAGACCCCCACCACGGGGGGAAUUUCACUUAGGACCCCCCCACCCACCUCUCUGGAUUUUCCAUUUUUGUAGGGUACUUACGCCCACCCGCCCCCUUCAAAAUUUCCACAAGUGAGACAAAGGCCCCUCAACCCCUCUGGAAAAGUUCAUUUUCUUGAAGAAAGACUAUUAAUGUAGAAGAAUGAGGCCAUUUAUGGUUAGUACACAACGGUUUCCAUCAGAAGCUUGUAUGCUUCUGUUUCCAUUUAUUUGAGUGACCUCGCAACAUUAAAACACACUACACCACCACAAAGUAACCUGAUCUGCAAUUUUUGCUUAUCUCUUGCUUUAAAUGAAACAGAUAAAUGUAUUUAUCAUGGGUUAUGUAACCUUUUCUUUGGGGUGUUACAUGGUAUGCUGUUCUGUUGCUUCAUUAGCGGUAGGCUAUAUAUAUUUGAGUUGUUCUCAUUUAUAUUCAUUCGCGUCUUACGACCGUCCCUACGCCCUCAAAAUUAUGUCUGAUGUUGAAGACGUUACUCCAGCGAACACAGAUUUUCCUAGCAGCGACGUUUUGCUGCCUUCGCUUCCUAAACAAGCUUUGUCUCAAUCUCUCGAAGCUUCAGUACCAAUCCAGUCUUCAGAAUCCAGUGAUAUAGCGUCCGCGUUCUCUCUAUUUAAGGAUUAUUUCGACAAGAAGUUGGGCGCCUUGAAGCGCGAUAUUCAAGACGAGUCGUGCAGUAAUACCGAUUCUGUGGCCAAAAAGCUUAAAGAAGAAUCCAAGAUCACGUUUAGAUUCGAAGGUAAUAAGAAACAGUUUCAAUUCAACUCCGACCUUGCAGAGAAGGUGAAGUCGGCGUCAGUUGCUCUCGGGAAGAGAAAAUUAGACCUUGUUAAAACUCACCUGGAAGAACUAGACUCUGACAUCAAGAAGCGCAACAAACUUAUCAGACUGGCAGACAAGUCCGCCGCCGGUUGGGAUUUGGUGAACGAGUAUUUAUCAGACGAGUUGGCUAGCGGGUCAGAGGACGAAAAGCGUAUCCGCCGUGCCGAGCAGAGGGCCCUUCGUAAACGCAACCAACGCCAACAGAAAGCGAAGCCAUCCAAGCAAGGUUAUUCACAACUCCAAUCAUCUACCGCAACCACCGCGUUUGCUGGCCAACAUUCAUCAUCCUCCAGACCUAUUUCUCGUACUUUUGGCGCUUUCAGCAAACCAAGACCAAGCGAUAUUUGUUUCGCCUGCGGCCAGCAAGGUCAUUGGAGAUCUCAGUGUCAAGUUAAUCCUCAAGCCAGAUCUUCAAGCUCGGGGCAGUCCUUUCCUAGUUCUUCUGUUCUUUCGGGCAUUGGAGGUAAAUAGGACCACAGAAUUAAAAACUUGUUUUCCAAGGUUAGAUAUUAGCUUUAGUCAAUUUAUUAGACAUGUAUCCUUCUUAUUUGGAGUAUUUCAGGGAAAGGGACUCUAGUUCAUUAGUCGAUUUCGAUUAUGAUCGCAAUCUAUUUGAAUUUGAACAGAAUUCCGCAUUGCCAGUACUUAAGGGUAGACUUAGGUCCUGUUUAAGUUAUUGGCACACUAUUGGUGCCAAUAGUUUUGUUAUCGAUACUACUAGGGUAUCUAAAAGAUAGUAAUGCUGCGGCACAUUCUGUUGAUACUGGCAUUAGUUAGGCAGUGAGACUUAAAAGAAUCAAGAAUGACGUUGAAUGUCCUAUUUACAUGUUGGAAAGUACUAGAAUAAUUACUAUCAGUCUAUAGAAAGAACUCGUGGGAACGUUGUUUAGAAAAUGAUCAAGUGGUUAUCAACUCUGGUUUUCCCACAGUAAAUUGUAGGAAAUAAUAGAAAUUGAGAUCGAUUAUCCAGAUAUUUAAUAUACAGUGCACGAUAUUUUCUCUGGAAACACAAUACUUUUCUUGCACUUUAUUAAGUAACAGUUAUUUAGCUAUAUAUUUAUAGAAAACAACAACACAAAAAAAGGAAAAAAAAAAAAAGAAAGUAGGAAUAAUAAAUAAUUCGGUAGACCUCGAACCCAGCACCUUCAGCUCGACGCGACUACACCUACCCACUACACCACGGAGGCUGAUUACGUAAUUCCUGGGAAAAGUGUUUCUUUUUAUUCCUUUUCUAUGAAACUUCCGCCGGCAAGAUGAUCGCCAGCCGCAUUAACCGAGCUAUUAACAGUGAAAAAACAAUGUAAACGCAUAUUCCAUGGCAAUGAAUGAAUGAAAGAACAUAAUUAUGCUUUUCAAAACGCUGAUACACGUCCUGGUCUGCAAAGUAGGACACAAAACAUAUGUUUUGUUAUCUCGAUUUCCGCUGUUAUUCUGAAGCGAAUGGUCAAAAUCACAUCCAUUUUCGGCUCAUACAGUUUCUUAAGAAUAGCAUUGCAUGACAUUUUCUCACUUUCACAUCACUUCUAGCAAGCUGGAAUUUGUAUAUUCCCCGUGUUGCGGAGUCGAAGAGCAAAUGCUCUUCUUCUCGUCAGGUUUAACACCUGGACGAGUCAAAAAAGGCUCUUGAAUUGAAAUCCACUCUCCAAGUUAACCAUCGUACUCAUCUGAAAGACUCCUGCGUGUCUUAAAAUUUGGUAAGACCUCUAACCGUGCUGUAGAACUGAGCAGCGAACGAUGCACUACUUCCCCGUGUUUUUAUUUGAGUUGUUCGUGGCGCAAUGCACUCUGGUUAAAUGCAAUGCAUUGUGGUAAAAAGUGUGGUUAAAUGCAAUGCAUUGUGGUAAAAAGUGAUGAAUUCGAGAAUUCGUCGCCCCUUUAUAUAUUUCCUUUAAAUCCUGAUUAUGUUGCUGCUCGCUCCCUUCGGUCGCUCCGCAGCAAUUAAAUUCGGUUAUCGGAUCCCAUUCAUUAGCACACCUUGUCAGGCGCGUUUUCCUAACAAUCAGUCAGCUCUUAAUAAUGCGUCUUUCGUGGAGUCGGCUAUCGCUGAAUUAGUCCACACUCACGCCGUCGUUGAGGUGCCCUUUAUUCCACAUGUCGUUAAUCCGCUCUCUGUCUCUAUACAGUCUUCAGGCAAGAAGAGGCUUAUUCUGGACUUACGUUAUGUCAAUCAUUUCGUUUGGAAACAGAAGUUUAGGUGUGAAGAUUGGAGAGUUUUAUUGUCAUAUGUUAAUAAGGGCGACUACCUUUUCAGUUUCGAUCUCAAGUCUGGAUAUCACCAUAUCGAUAUUUUUCCGGAUCACCAAACUUUUCUGGGUUUCUCCUGGGUUUUUUCUGGUACCGUUCGGUAUUUUUGUUUUGCAUCACUUCCGUUCGGUCUAAGCUCAGCCCCAUACGUCUUUACCAAGUGUCUCAGACCACUCGUUAAGUUUUGGAGGUCUAACGGGAUUAAAAUUGUUGUGUUCCUCGACGAUGGGUGCGGAAAAGGGGAUUCACUGCCUAUGGCCAAGGAAAAUUCAUUGUUUGUGCAAUCAUCCUCAAGCAGUGCGGGGUUUGUUGCCAACUCCGCCAAAUCACUAUGGAACCCCACUCAGGUGCUUGUUUGGUUGGGUUUAAACUGGGACUUAGUUAUCGGUACCAUUUCUAUUACCGAUAGACGUAUUUGCAAAUUUAUCGCUCUGGUUGACAAAUUUCUUCUAUCCGCACCUUAUGUUACGGCUCGGGAUUGUGCCGUUAUCGCAGGUCAUGUUAUGUCCAUGUCGCCAGUUUUGGGUAACCUGACUCGUCUCAAAACCCGUUUCCUUUACAAGGUCAUAGAAUCCCGCCGUAGUUAGGAUUCCCGUUUUAAUAUCGGGCUUCAUAAUGAUUGCCUCUCUGAAAUAUUUUUCUGGAAAAACAAUAUCGUUAGUUUUAAUACGAGACCUAUUUUGCCUUAUAAUGUUCCCCUUUUGUUUAGCUAUUCGGACGCUAGCAACGUCGCCUGCGGGGCUUUUGUUGUGGGCACUAAUGAGGUGUCCCAUCGUAUGUGGACUGCUUGCGAAGCAGCUAAGAGCUCUACCUGGAGAGAACUUAAGGCUAUACAAUUUGCCUUAAGUGCGUUUAAAGCCUCGGUUCGGGGUAAGUGUGUAAAGUGGCAUUCUGACAGCCAAGGGGCCGUUCGUGUUGUGGAGAUAGGGAGUCCUAGUGCAGAAUUGCAUUCUAUUGCGCUUGAUAUUUUCUAUUUUUGUCGAACUUACAAUAUUACACUUAUUCCCCAGUGGGUUCCCAGGAACUUAAUGCUUGUGCUGAUGCGAUUAGCCACAUUGUAGACUUCGAUGACUGGUAUACAACCCCGAGUUCUUCGCACACUUGGACCGCCUUUGGGGCCCACAUACAGUCGACAGGUUCGCGAAUGCUGCCAACGCCCAUCUUCCCAGAUUCAAUUCUAGGUUUCGCGUACCAGGCACUGAAGCUGUUGACGCAUUUUCAAUCUCGUGGAGUGGAGAGAAUAAUUGGCUAGUCCCUCCCGUCCACUGCAUUACUAGGGCGGUUCAGCAUCUCCUUGUAUGCGGUGCGGUUGGUACUUUAGUCGUCCCUUAUUGGCCGUCUAAUGUGUUUUGGUCUUUCUUGUUCGCAAAUGCAAUUCAAUUUCAACCGUACGUCCUUGAGUACAUUCAUUUUGCCGACCCCUCAGGGAUUUUUGCCCUCGGGUGUUACAAAGAUUCACUCAUUGGUUCAGACAGGUUUAACAGCGCGGUGCUGGCAGUCAGAAUUGGCGCUAAGGGGCCUUAGUUUUUUCAAGCCGAGUGGCUUUAUGUUGGCCCACGUGUUUUUUAUUCCGCUCGUCGGUUCAUUUGUCCUCGUUUCGCAUGAAACUAGCUCGCCGAGUGGCUUGUUUACCGUGGUUUUUGAGUUGGCCCAUUCGGCCUUAAAUAGUUUUGCAUCCGGUCAGAGGCAUUACCAAGCGUCCAUUUUUUAUUGCUGUAUUGACUCCCAGUGCGUGUAUUGAGGAAUUUUGCCAUAUAUUUUUGUUCUUAUCCUCGUAGAAGUUCUCAAAGAUGCCUUGCAGCCUAAUUUUCAACAGGUUGAAGACGGGCGACUCCGGGCACUGGUUCAAGAUCUCCCCGCAGUUCUUCUUAAAUCCAAAGCCGACAGUACCGCGAGGAAGUACGAAAAGGGCUUCAAUACGUGGAGAAAAUGGGCUUCUCAGUUUAAAGAAAUUGUUAUAUUUCCCGCUUCUAGUGUGCACGUUUCAUUGUUCUUUCUUAGCUUGAUUCAAGAAUCUGCUUCUUGCAGUACUAUUGACGAAGUCCAUUAUGGGCUCAAGUGGGUGCAUGAUUUGGCAGGUCUACCGAACCCCUGUAAUUCCUCGUUAGUUUUACCUUUAAUAGAAUCUGCUAAGAGGCUUCUCAUUAUCCCUGUUAAAAAGAAAGAGCCUGUGACCCCCAAGGCUAUUCAGCUUUUAUUUUCUAAGUAUGGAUCGUCUUCAGCUAGUUUGUCUGAUUUACGAGUGCUUACUUUGUGCGUUUUAGGUUAUGCAGGGUUUUUUCGCUUUAACGAGUUGGUUCAGUUACGCAGGUGUGAUUUUCAGUUUGAAGAUUCUUUUAUGAGGAUCUUUGUUCAUCGAAGUAAGACUGACGUUUACAGGGAUGGGGCUUGGGUUGUUAUCGCUAAAACUUUCAAGCAUACAUGUCCCUAUUUAUUAGUUCAACGAUAUUUUGUGGCCGCUUCUUUUUCAGCAGACAGCGAAGAGUUCAUUUUUCGCCCUGUUGUUUUUCUUCGCAGUACCGGAGCUUAUAAAUUGCGCGGGUCUGUUCCUUUGUCUUAUAAUAGAGCGCGGGAGAUAGUGCUUAGCGCUUUCGAUUCCAUCGGCCUUCCCAAGCAAGACUACGGUCUCCAUAGCCUUAGGGCCGGAGGUGCCUCCGCUGCUGCUAAUGCUCGAGUGCCUGACAGAUUGUUUAAAAGAGACGGCCGUUGGAAAUCAGACAAGGCAAAAGACGGUUACAUUAAGGAUAGUGUUCAUUCAUUGUUGUCGGUUUCGUUAUCACUGGGUAUUUAAUUUUCCGUAUUUCCCGUUCUUUUAGUUCGCACACGGCUCGUGUUGACACACCCCAAUUGAGGUUGCUUGUUACAUGAUAAAUGUUUUAUAUUCGUUUGAGCAGGGUAGCGAAUUAGAAUAUAAAUGUAUUUAUCAUGGGUUAUGUAACCUUUUCUUUGGGGUGUUACAUGGUAUGCUGUUCUGUUGCUUCAUUAGCGGUAGGCUAUAUAUAUUUGAGUUGUUCUCAUUUAUAUUCAUUCGCGUCUUACGACCGUCCCUACGCCCUCAAAAUUAAAUACCCAGUGAUCAGGGGUUUCUCUUAGACGUAGUUUUUUGCAUGCUGCUAUAUGAAAGGUUUAGCACGUUUUGUAUGUUUACUGAAUGACUGUUAUACGAGCAUAGUUUAGAUCAUUUUGUUGGGUUGUUUUUCUUGCUGUAAUUUUUUACAUUUCCGAGUUUUCAUUCUGUUUGUUGUAUUAUUUCCAUCCAUUCUGUUGAUGAAGGCAUAAUAAAGAGGGUCGCACACGGCUCGUGUUGACACACCCCAAUUGAGGUUGCUUGUUACAUGAUAAAUGUUUUAUAUUCGUUUGAGCGGGGUAGCGAAUUAGAAUAUAAAGGUGAAUUUACCUUAAUCAGGGCAAGCUUACGAUUUGUUAUUCGUCCUCAUGGGCGUAAUGUUGAUGGAAUUACCGUCAUUUCAUGCAGAACAAGUCAAACUUACCACCACAAAAUUAAUGCAAAACAAAGAGAAGAAUAACGUAUAGCUUGUGCUUCGUGAAGCAAAAUUGCCGCUGUUGCACGCGUUGAUGAUAUUGAGGGAGACUCGAUCGAGUAAUGGCGGCCGAAUAUACGAGCAAGGGACAAAACGAGUUGUAGUCGGUCUAAUUCCUUUGAAAUUACAGCCAAAACGCUUUUCGAAGAAAGAAAACCUGGUUAAGAUCAAAAGGAACAAUCUUAAGUGAUAUAUUUCAAGUUAUUCAUGUCCUAAAAUGAUCUACCAGGUCAGUAAGAAGCUGGAACCACACAAUGUGAACUUUAUGGAAAGAAUAUUUUACUAAUGCUUAUGUUCUACUUCCUUGUUUAUUUAUUUGUCUUAUUUGUUUAUUUUUAUGUUGAAACUUUAUUACGUUUUUUCAGUUUUGGGACUUUGAUCAUUAUUUGGAUUUUGUCUUACUUUAUUAGUUUCUUAUGUACCUUUUAGGAGCAAUAAAAACAAUAUUAUUAUUUUUCUUUACAUUAUUACAGCCAUGAAGAUAACCUUGAAAAAUGCAAGAAAAACAUUGAGGUUGGUGACAGCAAAGGAGCAGGUUUUCAGUUUUAGGGCAGUUAGUUUUUUUUCGUUAUUUUGAUUUAUUUAUUUAUUUUUAUUUUUUCAGUCAGGUGGGUGGUAAUGAUUAUUUUCACUUUUUUACUUGUGUCCUAAAAUACUGUGUAUGUUGCAAGUAAAAUCGUUUUCCAGGUUAAAUCAGAAUUUUCUUUGCCUCAAAUUAAUGAUUAUGGCUAGGAAGUAAUGGAAAUUCUGAAUCAAACUAGACUGAGUAAACCUGAGCACGGAGUUUAUCUACAUCACGAACAUUGCACGUUUUCUUCUUAUUUUUUGCAGAAUGCAAUGUCUCCCCUGUCCCAUUUUGGAUUCUUAAACUACUUUGGACCUCAAAGGUUUGGUUUGGAUGACAAAGAAGUGAAUGCUUGUGACAUUGGGCUGGCCAUGCUUCAGGGAGAUAUGGUAGGCUGUUUUAUUGAAAAUAGAGAGGGUCGUACCCAUAGGAGGGCUCAAGGAACUUCCAGAAUCCUCCUUUCCCUUUUUGUACAAAUUAUGGCAAUUUUAAAGAGCUUUAGAUUUGAGGACGAGAACUAGUACGUGUACGGGAUUUAACUUAAAGUUUUUGCGCGUGUUCUAAAAAAAAUUCGAUUAUUUAUACUGAAGGAGGUUAAGCCCUCUCCCAAUAACAAAAUGAUAAAACUUCUUACAUUUGAUAACUUGUUCCUGCCACUACGACAUUCUCGCUAAAACUCAUAGUAGAAUGACGACGGCUAUCACGUUUUCCCGGCAAAAUGAGGCUGGUUCACGCGCGAGCAAUACUCAGUAUUGAGAAGGUUAAGGUUCGGCUUUGGAUCCAAUCGACAAGUCAAAGAUACCACGCCAUGUUUCCGCAACUUCACUUGGACCAAACCGUUCCCUACUCAGUUUUUUUACCAAACUUUCCGGAUUUUUUUGCAGGAUGGAAAGCAGCCAAUGGUAGCUUUUGCUCUCGUGAAAGCAGCCUUGUAAUCUGGUGUGACAAUAAUGCCCAGUGACGGACAGUUUAUCCUAGUUUUUCUUUAUGGCACGCCUCUAUUAUGGGUGUCAUUGCCUUAUGUGCCAACCAAACCUAAUGAGUAAAUCGUGUGUUUUGUCAUCAUGCAGAUCAAGGCGGUCAAGUUGCUUUUGACUCCAUCGGAUCAUAGUCCGGACCAUCCUGUUAAUAUUGCUAAAAGGUACUUUGUAAUUCGUUCCUUUGUUGAGCUCUAAGUUUUUCAGUGUUUUCGGACAGAAUUUUUUUACGUGCUUGCGACAGAUUACCCUACCAUUUCUGUUAUUUUCGAAUGCGUUACUGGAAGCUCUUUGAACCCUGUGUGCGAGGCAAUUAAAACUAACAGCUAUUCUUUGAACUGCCGAUGAAUAUUCCAGAAUAAAUCUGAAAAAAAAGUUGAUAUCACGGCGGGGUAUUCUGCAGUAUUGGUUAUCGGUUAGCUGCGUCGUAGACACUCUGGGUCGGUUAUUUAAACAAAUUCAAACUUAGGUAGCCUGUGUAAAGCCCCCUCACUCUCCCCUCCCCUGUUUUUUCUUGAGGGUAGGGUCAGUCUGUACACAGGCUAAAUUUAGGCGGCGGUUUAGCAAAUCUUUGCACCUCCAGAUAUCUUCCUUAGUGGGUUAUUUUAAGAAUGAAAUAAGUGCUUUUCCAGUCUACUCCUUCUGCUUUCCUGAAACUUUUCACGCUGAUGGUGUUAAGAUAAAAGCGUUGGGCAAACUGAAAAUGGCUCAGAACGCGCUUUUGUAAAACACGGGCUGAACUUUGUUUAAAUAACUGGCCCUCUAAGUCUAAACUAUGCGUUGGCCGACUGUAACGAAGGCUAUUUAUUUGUCUCUUCUUUGUAUAUUCUUCUCUAACCAUCAUUCUUCCUCUUUCUUCAUUUUCCUUCUUCCCAUAUUUGUUCAUUCAUUCGGUUUUGUUUUUCGUCGCAGAUAUUACUGUCAGACGGCUGACGUGCAAGGUACUCUGGGUAAAAUGCCUGGUUACAAAGUCCGAGAAACGUUAGUCCUCAAAGCUCUGCACAGACAUGGCACUGACAUGGUGUGUAUGGAAGAGGAAACACUAUUUUGAGUAUUUUAACUCUGUAUUUCUCCCUAAUCAAAAUCAAAAAGGGGGCCUUUUUUUGUAAGAAUAGUAUCUAAAAGGGUGAGGGAUUGGACCUCGGGAUGAAUCCUCUCCGUAUAAAACUUUGCUAAGUAGCCCCUCAGGCUUAGCCGCUGCUGUUAGGAAUUUCGUUCAAAUGUACUUACAUCUGUACCUUUAUACCUAGUUUCGUUUGUUUUAAAAAUCGAGGAACAUGACGAGGGAACUUUUGUUCUUUCCACUAGGAUGGCUGUCGGAAGGCGUUGUUGAACAUUUCAUAUCCUAUGCGAUUAUUAUACGUUCAUAGCUACUGCAGUCUCAUCUGGAAUUACAUGGCCUCCUACAGAAUACAACGGUAUGGACGGUCAGCAGUGGUCGAAGGAGAUUUAGUCGUAGAUAAGGCAGCAACUGCGCAUGGUUUUGAUAGGCAAACCGCUUACAGCAGCCAUGCUUGUACUUUGGCAGAUGACAGUGGAGCUUUGAGCCGUGAUCACGUGAAAUGUAUAGCGAAUCACGAACAAGAAGUAUAUCGCUUAAGAGACAUUGUUCUUCCUCUUCCAGGAUAUAAUGUUCAGUAUCCUGCAAAUGACGUGGGUGAAACGUAAGUUUUCUCGCCUGUCUUCCCGGCACCCUUGGAAUUCCAUAUGCGUUAUAUAUGCUAUUGUUCCUAAAGAAGGCUGUCAAGGUCUUUUUCCGGAAUGUUUCUUUCGUUCGCGCCCACACGUUAAAAAUACUUUAUUGUCAUAGCUACAUUUUUCUUUUUCUUUUCCUGAACUGAUUAUGUGUCAAUGAGAUUUGCGAGUGUAAUGUUUCAAUCCGCGUAGCGUGUUGUACUAUUACCACGUCGGAAAAUAAUGCAUUGCGAAAAUGUAAAGGAAAGAUGAGUUUUGGGUUUUGGUUGCAGGCAAUUUACGGGUUUUUGGACAUUGAUCAUUUCGAAUUUUUUAAAUUAAUUUAUUAAUUUAUUUAUUAUUUUUAUUGUAUUUUUUGCUUUGUUCCUUGAUAGUAAACCCUUUGUCAUGUGUCUCUUAUUGAACUUUUUCAACCAUGAGGACAUUUGGUGAUGGCUAUCAAUAAUCAUAAGGACUAUUUGUUUCCUUGUUAAAAUUUUAGUUACAAGAAAAGGCUGGAAUCAGAUGGAUUAACCACAAAAAAUUUCAGGUUAGUUUCCUUGUCGAACUGAACGGCCAUAUUGAUUACGGUAUGUUACAGGCUGUAUAUAUUUUAUAUAAAUAGGUGGAAUAUGGGUUAGUGUAGUCCUAUUUAUUGGUUACAGUGGCUGACGGUUUGAAAACCUGUUCGGAAGUGAGUGGUGUAUCAUCACUAACUGGUAUUAAACUGUGGUUCUUGACUUGAUUGAUUAAUCAAUUGAUUGAUUUCUUUGGUCGUGUGUCAGUUAAGCCGUGACUUUUGAUCCAUUUUGAUCUUUGCCGCUGUGUUUUUAGUCAAUUUUGUCUAUUUUCAUUUAUUUACUUAGAUAUAUUGGCCAAUUUUUGACAUGGUCAUUGUAGGCGGGUUACAGUCCCCUACCCCUAUGAGAGAUCAACCAAGUAUCGAGGUUUCGUCCUCUACUCUUUUCGUAUUACGUCCUCUUUCGGGUGAUAAGACAUGAUGAAGGAGAUAAGGCCAACGGCUUUAACUUCACCUUCCAAUAACGCGGUCAUGUGAAAUGAGGCAAGGGUUGUUUACCAGUUACUUGGACAAACCGGUCGGUUCGCGGUUUGGGCAAAUGGUAAACGAAAUUCAGGAAGCGUAAAUUUCAUUCCAGAAUCGCGGUUACAAUUUCUAUAGAUCAGUUCCCUUUACCGAAAAACGGCCGCAAAAGUCUGAAACUGGUUUUAAAGACGGGCUUUGAAGAAAUGGAACACGAAUUUCCGUUUGAAACAUUCCGACCGGGAAAACAGGACUACCUUUUCAGACGUUCCGUUGCUUCCGGAAAUUUUCCUCUAAAACGACCCGAGAAGUCGUGUUCUAUUUACUUUCCAACCGGAUUUUCCGGAAGCUUUUUGUAAAUAUUAAACAUCCAGGAUGUUAGAUCACAUCCAGGAUGAUCCAUUCUUGCCAGUUUUUUAAAGACCGUGGUUGUUGGUCCUGCUGGGGUCAGUUUGAGCUCGCAGACCGGCGCUCUCUUAACGGAGCUAACCAGGGGGCCGUAAGCUCAGUCAGUCUAAUAUUUGUUAUGCUUGUGUUCCCGAAGAUGAUAUUGAUAGGUAGCUGAUGGCUGGAGGCAUUAGUCUGGGUAGAACGUUUAAAUUUUAGCAUAUGCUCAAGACAGAAAAUACAAUUAUUUUUAUUGCUUUCUUAUCUUAUAGACUGCGGAGCCUUGGCAUCAACGUGCCUGGUGCCUACAGAAAACUUGUAGCGUUCCCAAGAGACUUGUUUUGGACAUUCGUAAACAAAACCAGCGCGGAAACUGGAACGUCCGUCAACAAGUGUGCAUCACCAAGAAGCUCGAAUUUUGAUGGCGAAGACGUGAAAAGACCGAGGCUCAUUACAGAUGAUUAUUGUAGAAAGGGAGACAUAGAAGAAGAGCUUUCCAUUUCUGGUAACUGCUGUAAUGAUGUUAAAAUUUCGUUUUUCCUUGAACCAUCGUGUUAUGCUACGUCAUGUCUCAGAGAACUUAUGAAGAAUUAA